UCAUGUAUGUAAUGUCGAGUGUGUUGUGUCUCCAGUCCAGCAGGAGUCGCUCUGCAGCUCUUCAGUCCGCCGAUAAACCCACUAAAGAAAGAAAGAAAGUCAAACAUCAAGCGCUGCGUGUUCACAUCACUCUGAUUUUCUCUCUUUAGUGUUUUCACGAGUGUAAACAGAGUGUUGUGUGUGUGUGUUUUCGCGUUCAGGUUUUGAUGAUGACGUCAAAGGUGGCUGGGAUGUGCUCCAGACACACACAGGACACGAUACCAGUGAAGAUGUGUUCAGUCAAACUGAUGAACUGCAGGAACCUGGAAAUACAUGUAGAAGUCCCCACAACAAAGGAUAAACAGACCGAUGAGGACGAGAAUCGUGAUGAUGAUUUUAUUCCUUCAGAUGAGAGCGGUGAUUCAUGUUGUGAUGGAGAAACGGCCUCUACAUCAAAACAGCGACUGACAGCACAAACUCUUUCCUGCAUCACCUGUGGAAAGACAUUCAGUUCACAGAGACGUUUAGAGACACAUGAGAGAAAACACACAGAACAGAAACUCUUCACCUGCACCAGAUGUGACAUCAGCUUUCCUACCUUACAAGAGAAGAAACUUCAUUCACAAGAGCACAGAGACCAGAAACACUUUCACUGUCAGCAGUGUGGGAAGAACUUUCUCCGCUCUUCUCAUCUGAACAUUCACAUGAGGACACACACUGGAGAAAAACCUUUCCACUGCAGUCAAUGUGACAAAUAUUUCAGCAGCAAAGCUUAUCUUGUUGCUCAUCAGAGAAUUCACACGGGAGAAAAACCGUACGCGUGUCCUCACUGUGACAAGAGAUUCAACCGUAAAACUCAUCUAAACAGACACAUGCGUUUACACACCAAAGAGAGACCGUAUGAGUGCAGUGAAUGUGGAAAAACCUUCAAGCAGUUAACCGGUCUGGAGUCACACCAACAGAAACACACUGAUGAGAAGCUCUUUAAGUGUUCACACUGUGAUAAACGUUUCCGUCAGAAAGCUCUGUUGAUACGUCAUGAGAGAAUUCACACUGGAGAGAAACCUUACUUCUGCUCUCACUGUGGUAAGAGAUUUUCUACAUCAAGUACUUUCUGCAUUCAUGAGAGAAUUCACACUGGAGAGAAACCUUAUUACUGCAGUGUUUGUGGGAAGAGUUUCACCACACAUGGGACCUACUCGAGGCACAAGAGAAUUCAUUCAGGUGAAAGACUUUAUAAAUGUGCUCAGUGUGACAAGAUGUUCAAUCAGUCGAGUGUUUUGAAAACCCAUCAGAGAGUUCACACUGGAGAGAAACCUUAUCACUGCUCCAUCUGUGGAGAGAGAUUCACUUAUUUAGGAAGUUUUAAUUCUCAUCAGAAGAAACAUGCUGAAGAACAAACUGCACUGGACUCAUCGUAUCAGAAACGUCACUGCUGUGGCCCGCUGCUGUCGCCACGCAACAUGAGCAGCAGAUCUGUCAGAGGCAGGACCAGCGGUCAUCAGCCCCCACAAACCGGCCUGGGACCCGCCACACAAAGCCAGAAGUCCAGACACACACAGGACUCGGAGCUCAGCCUCACUUUACUCUGUUAUACUGACACAAACCCCACAGACGCUCAGGACACUGUGUGUGACAGUAAUCACACCUUGAAUCAGGAUGAAUCUACUGAUCAAACCUCCACAGAGUCUCUGGAUUCUGUCUGUAACGCUGGAGAACAGCAGAUCCUGAACACCAGACCACUCAACAUGUGUUCUGUCACACUGAUUGGGAUUGAUGGGAAAGUGAUGGAGAUCAAAACAGAACCUGAAGUAAAGGAAGAACAAAUAGAUGAAGACGAGAAUCGUGAUGAUGAUGAUAAUGAUAAUAAAGUUACUUCAGAACCCACAUCAGAGGAACAUCAAACUGAUGAAGACGAGAAUCAGGAGGAUGAUGAUGAUGGUGGUGAUGAUGAUUUUAUUCCUUCAGAUGAGAGCAGUGAUGGAGAAACGGAAGAGGACAGAGGGAUUCAAAGGGGGAAAAAAAAACACGAGUGUCCUCACUGUGAGAAGAGAUUUUACACUGCGUCUUGUUUUGAAAGACACGUGCGCGCACACACCGACGAGAGGCGAUAUCAGUGCAGCGAAUGUGGAAAAACCUUUAAAUAUUCAGGUAGUUUGAGAUCGCAUCAAAAACUACAUUCUGAGGAGAAACUCUUUCAGUGUUCGUACUGUGACAAACGUUUCCGUCAGAAAGCUCAUCUGACGCUGCACGAGAGAGUUCACACUGGAGAGAGACCUUACCUCUGCUCGGACUGUGGAAAGACCUUUUCAAAUUCAAGUGCUUUCAGAGAUCAUCAGAGAACUCACACGGGAGAAAAACCUUAUCACUGCAGCGUUUGUGGGAAGAGUUUUUCAACUUCACGUAGUUAUAGAGAUCAUCAGCGAGUUCACACCGGAGAAAAACCUUUUUCCUGCAGUUUUUGUGGGAAGAGCUUCAGCCGACGUGACAAUUUAAGGACACACAAGAGACUUCACACUGGAGAAAAACCUUACAAAUGCUGUCAGUGUGACAAGGCGUUUACUCAACGCGUUCUUCUGAAACUCCAUCAGAAAGUUCACACUGGAGAGAAAUCCACCAGAGCAAACCCCACAGACGCUCAGGACACUGUGUGUGACAGUAAUCACACCUUGAAUCAGGAUGAAUCUACUGAUCAAACCUCCACAGAGUCUCUGGAUUCUGUCUGUAACGCUGGAGAACAGCAGAUCCUGAACACCAGACCACUCAACAUGUGUUCUGUCACACUGGUGGACUGCAGGAAACUCAUGGAGAUGAAAACACAAACACCAGAAGAAGAAGAAGAACAGUCUGAUGACGAUGAGAAUCAUGAUGAUGAUGAUGAUGAUGAUGAUUUUAUUCCUUCAGUUUCAGAUGAGAGCGGUGAUUCAUGUUGUGAUGGAGAAACGGCCUCUACAUCAAAACAGCGACUGACAGCACAAACUCUUUCCUGCAUCACCUGUGGAAAGACAUUCAGUUCACAGAGACGUUUAGAGACACAUGAGAGAAAACACACAGAACAGAAACUCUUCACCUGCACCAGAUGUGACAUCAGCUUUCCUACCUUACAAGAGAAGAAACUUCAUUCACAAGAGCACAGACACCAGAAACACUUUCACUGUCAGCAGUGUGGGAAGAAUUGUGUCUCCGCUUCUAAUCUGAAGAUUCACGUGAGGUCACACACUGGAGAAAAACCUUUUCACUGCAGUGAAUGUGACAAAUAUUUCAGAACCAAAGGAAGUCUUGUUGCUCAUCAGAUAAUUCACACGGGAGAAAAACCGUACAAGAAGAAACACUUUAACUGUGAGAAGUGUGGGAAGAGUUUUUUUACAACUUCUUCUAAUAUGGGAGCUCACAUGAGGACACACACUGGAGAAAAACUUUUCCACUGCAGUCAAUGUGACAAAUAUUUCAGAACCAAAGGAAAUCUUGUUACUCAUCAGAGAACUCACACGGGAGAAAAACCGUACGCGUGUCCUCACUGUGACAAGAGAUUCAGUUACGGAUCCUAUAUUAAGAGACACAUGCGUUUACACACCAGUGAGAGACCGUAUGAGUGCAGUGAAUGUGGAAAAACCUUUAGACAGUUAUCUGAUGUAAAGUCGCACCAGAGAACUCACUCUGAGGAGAAACUCUAUCAGUGUUCACACUGUGAUAAACGCUUCAGUCAGAAAGCUAAUCUGAUAACUCAUGAGAGAACUCACACUGGAGAGAAACCUUACCUCUGCUCUCACUGUGGAAAGAGCUUUUAUAAUCAAUCUCAUUUUACAGUUCAUAUGAGAGUUCACACUGGAGAGAAACCUUAUCACUGCAGUGUUUGUGGGAAGAGUUUUAUUCGUCAUGGCCAUUUAGCAAAACACAAGAGAAUUCAUUCAGGUGAAAGACCUUAUAAAUGUUCUCAGUGUGACAAGACGUUUGCUCGAUCAGAUGUCCUAAAAACCCAUAAGAGAGUUCACACUGGAGAGAAACCUUAUCACUGCUCCAUCUGUGGAGAGAGAUUCACUUAUUUAGGAAGUUUUAAUUCUCAUCAGAAGAAACAUGCUGAAGAACAAACUGCACUGGAUUCAUCAUAGUCUGUUUUAACAUGUAUGUAGCUUUGUAUUAUUUACGCUAUCUAUUACAUUGGAGUCAUUUUUUUAACUUUGCAGUUCUCCUUAUAUUCGUGGGUUUUUUUAGUGAUUUUUUUGUGUGCUAAUUAUAGAGCUAAUUUAUUUGUUUUAUUCCAUCUGGGAGGGAUUUAAAUGCAAGUCUUUUGUAUGUAUAACUGAAUAGUGAAUAAUGUCAGGGGCUUGUAGAUUUCUCUAUGGGUACAAUGGUCCAUCCCAGCUAAAAAAAAUGUUUAAAGGACACCUUCAUAUUCAGAGUAAGUUUUGAGAACUUUCAAACACCCAUCGUUUUUAUGUUUUAUUAACGUUUCCUGGUUGUGUGAACACAAGAGAAACAUUGCAAUCUGUCAUUUAUUUUGAAACUGUGAUAACUUAAUUUCUGAAUGUUCUGUAAAAACUUCCAUUGAAACCGUAAAGUAGUGUAGAAAUGUCCAUUAAAAACGGGAUUCUGUGUAAUAUUUGUGUUUUGUUUUUGCGCUCAAAGUCCACCCUCGGAGACUGCGUUUGAAAUCACACCACUCCGUCCAGAUAUAACUAUAUAAACUAUGACUAUAUAUGUAAGGGAUAAUCCACAGCUAGCCGUGCGUUAAAGGGUUUUAAUGCGCGACGUGGAGGCCAAGAACCAUCUGACGCGAAGCGGAGGUCUCUGCGAAGUGCAUUCAAAUCCUUU